AUGUCGGAUAGAGUCCUUACAAAGAAUUUUAUUUUGGGUAAAACUCGACUGGAUAACGUUGCCAACGUCAAGAAUUUAAAUUUUUGGGGUCAAGAAUUGCAAGAUGUUUCCGUGAUUGAGGAAAUGCCCAACGUAGAGGUUGUAUCUCUGAGCGUCAACAACAUUAACACCUUGAAACCAUUUGAGCACUGCUUUAAAUUAAGAGAACUGUAUCUGAGGAAGAACAAAAUUGCAGAUUUAUCAGAAAUUCAAUUUUUAAAAGACUUGAAGGCACUCCGAGUGCUUUGGCUUGCAGGUAACCCUUGUGCUGACUGUGAAAAUUACCGUCUAAAGGUUAUUGCUUAUUUGGAUGGAUUGACAAAGCUUGAUGAUGAUGAUAUUUCUCCUGAGGAACGGGAGAUGGCCAAACAAUUUCGAGGUCUUGAAUUUGCCACUGAUGCUCCAAGAAGAUCUCCAUCUCCAAAAGUGAAAUCAAAAUCACCACCAAAGGCUGCCAUAAAGGAAGAUGAUGAGCAAGCAAUGAUCACUAAACCUCGUCACAAACUCGCGAGAACUCCACCCAGAAAAGAUGUCCCCAAGAUCUAUGACCCUGUUACAGUUACUGAGAGCUCAAAUUUCGUUAGUAAUAGGAGAUUGCACAAUGACAAUACUCCAAUAGGAGGAGGAAACAUUGCAACUAAAAACGAGUCACCAGUUCCAGUCGCAAAUCCAGGUGUGGUUAGUUCACAGCAACAACCAUCGAAAUCUAUACCAUCUCCUCAGCCUUCUCCGGUUGAAAGCGACUACGUGGUUCAUGCAAAGCAAGACCUUCAGAAAAACUUACCACAACCUCAAGAAGAAUGUGAGGAAGAAGAAGAACCACCCGUUGUUGUAAAAAGAGAUGGAAACAGGCAACAACAUGACCCUUAUUUGAGAAUGCAACGAGAAGGAAAUGGUAAUGGUUCACCUCCACCACAACAGGACACAAACAGAAGACAUACCCAACAGCAACACAUUAGUGUUCAACAAUCAUAUCAAGGUUUACCUCAACACUAUCAACAACAGCAUUAUAUGGAACAACUUCCGUCAGCUCACCGUCAACAUUCUGGAAGAGACAUGACUGGAUAUAACCAAAAUUAUCAACAAAAUGUUGACUAUGGCACACAUCAACGAGCAUAUGACGAUAAUUAUUUGGAUAAUCAAAUAGGUCAUAAUAAUUAUUCCCACCACAUGAAUUCAAGAGUUAGCACAGCUCAACAGGGCCAACGUUCCCGAUGGGAAGCUUCUCAAGUCUCAAACAUUCCUUACUUCCCUUCCUCUGAGAACUAUCCACAACAACCUUCACGAGCUCGAUACAAUCAACAACAAGGUUAUCAAAAAUCACAGCCUCCUCAACUUCCACCUGUAAAUAGGAAUACGUUGCUGAAUGUCGUCCUCGAUCUAGUGAACGAGUUAGAUCCAGAAAGAUUGAUUUUAGUGAGACAAGAAAUCGACAAAAUUCUAAUGAACUAA